AGUUCAAUCGACGAUGGCCGAGUAUGUGGGAUCGACUAGGGACGCAGAGAGUCGAUCGCUUGGACCCGAUGAUUGGCCUGGCGACUCUUUCCAGAAAAUUGUUCACGAACUGGAGCAGACCAGGUAUAAAGUGGCGAGUUUGCACGGUUCUAUGCGCGAGGCUGCCAAUGCGUCUUCGCGGUCCCGGAUUCGUUCUCUCAAUAUUCUGGACCUACCUGACGAGUUAUUAAGGGCGAUCUUCGAACAAUCUAGGAAACGGUGGGUAUCAACUGAAAAUUACUUCUUUAUUCCCGACUAUGGCAAUUGGGAAGGAAUCAAGGACAUCAAAAACAUCCGACUGACUUGUCGGCGGUUCUGUAAUACAAGUUCCCACCUUCUUCUCCGCCAUAUCGAUGUUUCCAUGCGUCCAUCCUCCCUUGCUCACCUGGAAGAGGUAGCACGUCAUCCACUUCUCAGCAAAGGGAUCCAGGCGGUUCGAGUCCACCUCAACUACUUUAGUGCCCACCUAGCGACGGAUAUGUUUCAUUUCACCGCGCUUGCUAUUAUGCACUUGGAAGAUACACUGGAUUUUUACAGAUUCGAUUUUGAGCGUGAUUCAGACGAGCAACCUUUCGACAUACCGCGCGAGAAACUAGGACCGGCCAUCGAGAAGGCUGAACUGAUUUUAGAAGAAUGGUCGGAGUUUUUGAAUGUACUACGGGACUCGGACGGAGACCCAGACAUCAUCGAAGAAGAAAUUGCCAAGAGCAGGGAAGUAGCAGGACUGGAGAGCGUGCUUAAAGACGGCGCGUUUGUUCAAGCUAUUGUCACUGCCAUGUCAAAGAUGCCCACUGCAAAAAAGCUGUUUGUGGGGGACUUAUUUCGAGAUUUCGAGGACGGUCGACGCAACUAUGUGAAGCCUUUUGUGGACGCGGUGGAGGAUCCUGAAGGUCUUGCCGCAGUUGGGACGGUUAGGGCCCUGGAUUGGGACGCUGCGAGGUCUAAACAGCUGGAUGACCAGCCCAAAGAGAUCCUCCUUCAACUUCUCAUGACUGUCUUCGAUAAUCACAUUCCGAUUAAUUAUCUUUGUAUAGAACUUUCGCCUGCUGCUGACUUGUCAAUCCCAGCCACCCAGGAGCAGCUUCAGCAGCUAGCAGCAGGGAUGGAACACCUGCGAGUGUUCGACUUCCGAGGAUCUGCUUCUCAAACAGGCGGAGGACCGAUAGUUGACCAUGGCCCGGAGCAAAUCGCCAGCUUUGGCUCGUUGAUUUCAGCAUGCAUGGGAGGGAAGGCUCUUACGCGACUCGACGUUUACCUGAGCUUUGCACUCGAUGAUUUUGCCCCUCAACCACCUGUUAGUAUGGGUUCUCUUCUCGUGUCACGACAUUGUCCAAACUUGGAGACUCUGCGCCUGUCACACUUCCCUCUUCAUCUGAGCGAACUGAAAACAUUCAUUGAAGGCCUUAACGGGCCUCUUUGCAUUAAUUUGGAUAAUGUCUUGUUACUGAGCGGUACCUGGACUGAAGCGCUUGACCUGAUUCGUAAAAAGGCAAACUGGGAAUCAUUCGUUACACGGCAGCGCGGCGCUGAGUGCGAUGACAUGUCUGAGGAAGAAACCCUGGUCAUCUUCGGCAAGGAUAGCUUUCCUUCUUUUGGCGAGGAAGGCAAAGCGACUUGGUAUGUCAGAGGCUCUAUAAAGGACAAUCCGCUGAGAAUUCGAGAGGGCACUUCGGCCUCAUGA